AUGUUCCUUAGGCCUGAUUACAUAACCCUUAGCGCGCCCGUCCUAGUCAUAAUCCUGAUUGACUCAUCCAAAACCAUAGCUACCUACCUAUAUUUCUAUCAACAUGCACAGCUGAACUUACAACCGUGUGAUACGAAAGAAUCAAAGAGUAGGCUAGAGUUGCUUCCCGUUGAAGCGAUACAAUCGAUUGAGUGUCUUAUCGGAAACGUCCCUGAUCUAUUGUCCAUCAUCCUUACCAAUGAGAUAGGGUCUAAGGUGCUAUGUGAAGCAGUUUUGACCGCUUCAAUCUCACGCCAGGUAGCUGUCAGCAAUGAUGUCCUCGACGAAUAUGAUAAUUGUUUUACCGAGAAUGAUAAAAAUAUCGAGUCUAAAGCCUAUUCCGAUUUAAGGAUUUGUGAUACUCUAUUUCUGAGCAAACUCCAUUUUCAUGUUGUCUCUUUCACAAACGAUUUUGAAACGCCCUUUGCCGUUCAUUUACAUUUCGAUCAAAAUAGAAUAUUUUUCAAUCAUUUCUCAAUCUGGGGGAGCGAACAGUUAGCUUGCGUUCACGAUCAUAUAUUUCGCAUCAUUGCUCCUGGUACAGACAAACAUUUCGACGUAGGCUUUGGUGAGCUCGCCGACCAUGAUGUGGAAUGGGACGAAUAUAUGAUGGCGUAUACUUCCUUUGACGACUCAGAGAAUAUCGAACCACUAAUCGCUCGUGGUAUUUUUGCCAUCCGUAAUAUGGUGGAAGCAAAGAGCUACGAACAAAUUCGUGAAGCUUACACUCAAGAUUAUCCGGAGCAUUCGUCACAUCUUCUUGAUCAUUGGCUUAGGAAUUCCACAGAUGGUAGUGGGGAAGAUGAAUGGGAUUGGGUUGAGGAUUAUCCCAAGGAAGAUAAUGAUAAAUUUAUCAAGAAGCCUGUGUGGUAUGAUGAUGAUGAUGACAAGGGCUCUGAGCAUGUUUGGAGAUAG